AUGAAGCCGUUUACCUCGCUCCUCAUCGCCAUCCCCAUCCUCAUGAUCGUAUCCAUAAUCGAACUCUCCUUCAUCUCCGCCAUGGUCGGUUUUCUACACGGCCGCGCCAACGGCUUCUUCGUCGUCGACUCACCGGGCUCCAACUCCAACUCCGGGCCCGACACAUUCGAGCUAUGGGCCAAACCCAGCGUGCUGCUCGAAGAUCAAGGCCACACCUCCAACGGCGCCGCCGGCACCGGCUUCAUCCUUAUCGGCAUUGGUGGCCUGCUGAUGAUCUGGUGGGAGCGCCGACGCAUGCGCGAGACAACCGACACCCGCCCGGGCCCCCUCUUCACGACCUGGCUCAUCCUCAGCUUCCUCGGCACGCUCCUCACGCUCGCCGCCCUCAUCUACACCUUCGUCCUCACACAAAACCACACAGGCCAGACCAUCGACCUCGCCAUCGCGGCCGCCAACCCCGCCCCAAGUCCCUACCCGGACGACGAGUGGACGCCCGAGAACUGGUACCAGGCCGUCCUGGACCAGGUGCCCCUGCGCGACGACAGCGACCGCCGCAAGAUCCGCCAGCAGUUGCGCAUCCAGCGCGGCUGGCGCUGGAACUUGGUGCCGUUCUUCAUCGUCUUUACCGUCGUGACGUGUCUGGGCGCGUGGGAGUGGCUGCGUCUGAGGAGGAACCGGGGCGCGUCGGUGGUGGCCAAGGGGGAGAAGAGUGGGAGGAUAGAUGGGAGCUUUGGCGAAGAGUCGCGCUGA